GAGGCCCUUCGCGCUCUGCACAUGCUCCGAGGGCCCUUCUCCCCCCCCCCCCUUCCUCGCUCCUCCUUUCCAUGCAUCCAGGCGGGCGCAGCAUGGGCAGCAUCCUCUUCUUUCUCCUCCUCCUCCUCCUGGGAGCAGUGUCAGAGGUCUCCGGGCUUCAGGGGUCUCCCAGCCGAACGCCGAACACCAUGAAGAUGCCAAGGAGAUCUCAAGCGGCUCAACAGGACCCUCUCCUCUCUUCCGGGGCUUCUGCACGGGCUCUCUUCCCCUCUCUUCGACCACAACCAACUUUGCCAGCAUUGUCCACUGGUCUGCAUAGAGAAUCUCCCACUGAAUCAGUAGACCGGGCAACGAGGAGGCCUCGAAUCCCCGGAACAGUGGAGAGCAAGGAGUCCCUGGGUGUCUCGGGAAGCAAUGGCCACCCCCGUUUGCCCCUGCCUCUGGUCCCGACCAGGUUCGUCACCCUCCUUCCCAUGCUGGCCUUGCUCCCUGCUUCUGUUUACCCCAAAGAUGCCACAGAAGCAGCACCAACCCCCUCGCCUACCUCGCAAGGAGACCCCAGCCCUGGCUUUGCAGGCUUACUACCCUCCGCUCAGAUGUCCUUGCCACCGCUUCUGGGCAGCUGGACCGAGGCUGAAAAAAGGACUAAAGACACUAAGGAUGAGAGAUCCAGCUCCACCACAGCUGAAGGGUCAGAGGGGGCUCCAACGGAGACUCCUUGCAACUAUGGGAGAUUCUGCAACCCCACGGUCCAGGUCGGGGGCACGAUUCUCGCUUGGACACAGCAGCCGGCCAUUGAGCCAGCUCUUCCCCGCUCUACAACCUCAAGGCAAAGGGCAAAUAGAAUAGAAGUGGCCUCGACAUCCGCUCAGAGCUCUCAAUGGAUGGCUACAGGAAAAGUACAGGUUAGUGAGGACUCUGUAGGACUGGAAACAAAGCCAGGCCUCUUCCUCCAAAGCCAACCUCCAAAGCAUUGGAUCUAUGUGCACCCAGCGUCCCCAAAGUCCGGCGAAGAAGGCUUUGGUCCCUCAAUGGCCAAAGAGGAGGGGGAUGUGCCUCAGGAUGGUUUGUUUGGGAGCUCAGUUGGGACAACAGCCUUUAUGCAGGAGAGCAGAAAUGGCACAGAAACCCCGGCAGGCGUUCCAACGGCAUCCCCAUCUGCAGAGUCCUCCUCCUCCUCCUCCUCCUCCUCCUCAUCUCCAUAUUGGACAAGAUCCUCCAGCAAUAGUCCCAACCCUACCCUUAUCCUUGGAGUGGGGUCUUCUGAUGACUCUCGGACCCCUGGCUUGCUCCCGUUGCCCACCAACCAGGACUGGCUCUCUCUGGAUGCUCCCAAUGGGUCGGCGGACCCCUCUCAGGGCAGCCUGGGAGCUUUGCCAUCUUCGGAUGUUGCAGAAGAGUCACCCACCUCGGGAGAAGAAAUGGGAACUCUCCAGACCCCACUGGAAUCCUCUGCAAAAGGACAGCCAACACAGACCCCCCACAGCCGGUCCACACAUGCUGAACUGGACCCCAACCCCACCGAGGUUGCAGACAGUCCUCGGGUGUCGAUAGACCCCACGGAGAGGCCAUAUAGGCUUCCCUCUCCUUCUGCAGAGCAAGAAGGGACUCCGUCAGGAUCUGUGACGGCAGGGACCCCCAUUGGCCGGACUCUGGGGACAAACGGGUGGCCCAUAGGCACCUCCCAUGCCACGGAGGAGGCCCAGGAUACAGAACUGCCCCCCAAAAUGGCAACAUCUUCCAAUCUGCGUCCCAAAAAUGCAACCAUGGUGCCCGAGUAUCGCUCUGCAACCCAAGAGACAUCUCUGGACAGGACUCACAGUUGGGAAGUGGCAUCUGGACCCAUGGAAGAGGUCACCUCUCUGUCCGGGACCCCCCAGGGCUUUUGGAACACCUGGCCCCCCAUGACGGCCCCCGACCCGGGCAGCGUCGCCAGGGAGGAGCCCCCGGUUGCUAGCACUUGGCUCCUGGCCUCUGGGUCAGAGGAGGAGGAGGAGACCACAGGGAAGACCCCGCUGAGGGAAGGUGGGCCCAGGGCACCCCCCGUCUUUGUGGCAGAGAACCAGCCGCCCCUCCUGAAAGCCGCUCUGCUGCGCGUUUCCUGUGAGCUUGUCCUGGACAUGGACUUUUCCAGGAGCCUCCGAAACCCAGAGUCGGCUGAAUAUCAGAGUUUGGUGCUCAGCAUCAAUGAAACGGUCACCCCUCUUUUGGCCUCUUUGCCCGGAUUCCAGUGGCUGGAAGUGAAGACCAUACGCCCUGGGAGCGUGGUGGUGGAGUUUGAUGCCCUCUUCCUGGCCAAGGCUCCCGGUCUCUGGGCGGCCCUGGACCGGUCGGCCCUCUCGGAGCGCUUACCCGCGGGGCUCUGGGUGGGCAACGCCAGCCUCCUACGGAGCAGGACACAAGAGAGGCACCUGGAUCCCUGCGCCACGCUCUUCUCCUGCCACGAGGGAUACGAAUGCGUCGCCGCCACCGAAGGGGCCCUCGCAAGUGCCGCCUGCGUCUCCGUCUGCCACCGGGACUAUUGCAAGAACCAGGGCAUUUGCACCCAUGCGGCCAACCAGACUCCUGUCUGCCAAUGCCCCGUGGGCAGUGACUUCUGGUUCCUGGGCCUCCGCUGCGACUUCCGUGUGACCCAGCAGGGCGUCCUGGGCGUAGCCUGUGGCCUCCUGCUCAGCCUUGUGGUGCUCGGCCUGGCCGUGGCCGGACUGGUCAUCCGCAGGGUCCGGCUGCUGCUGCUGGAGGCCAGAGCCGACCAGACCAAGAGCAGCUACCGCCGCUUCUGCCGCCUGGACGAUGUCUCAGCCCACUACUGGUCCGAACCGUGGCUGGCCUCGGCCAGUUCCUUGGACAACCCGGCCUUCAGCAACUCCGAGGAGCUGCUCCACCUGCAGAUCCUGGACACCGGCUGCUACGGCACUCAAGAAGAGCCCUUGGCUCCCGGCGGAUAUGGAAACCCUAUUCACGGCAACCUCCAUCUUGGCUCCAUGGGGCGGCCCAGCUCCGCUUUGCGUUGGGAGGAGAGCUCCCUCGGCGCCAAUGACCCCAUGAUCGACUCAGGGAAGGCCAGCGAGGUCUCCGUCUGCAGCUGGCCCUUGGAGCCCAUCCAGUGGAGCCCCUUCCCCGGACUCCAGCGGCCAAACAGGGAGCCAACGCCAAAGUCUCCCCGGCCCCUUUCCUGCUGCGAAGGGAUGGAGCUGGUCAGCCUGGAGAGAAGCUGGACGGCCUGAAUCCUGCGGGUCAAAGUGCUGUUUUCAAAGAAUGGAUCUUCAAUAGUAGCAAAACUCUAACCUCAGACUGCGCAGUCCGCAGCUGUGGGUCUCCAGAUGUCAACGUCUGAAGGGUCAACCUGGCUGGCACUUAAGAGGCUUGGUGACCAUAGAGAUAGGUUCUGUCACCAAUGAAGCCGAAGAGCCGGACUCUGCAGGAAGGGAGACAGUCCAGAGAAAAAAGAAACCGGAUGCUCCAAUAUUAUUGUUGUGUGUAAAGCUGUGAUCGAGGUAUAUUAAAGAGAAGUCCUUUUUCCAAAAAAAAAUUAUAUAUA